AAGCCCCGCAACCAGCAGCUGAGGCAGGGGGCGGAACCGAGAGCACAGGCCAGGGCGCGCUACGGCCCUCUCAUCACAUGCAGGGACCUGGAGGACUAUGCCACGAUCCGCUUGGAUUGCAGCAGCACCAAGCCCUCUGGCUUCAAAUACUGGAGCUUGUGGGCGAGCCCGGCGGCAGCCAGCUUCGAGAACAGGCAGCUGAAGCGCGUGGAUGCCAGCUCAGCAGUGAGGAAGAAGGAGAACCGGGCCGGCGUGCAGAGCGUGGCGCGAGAGCUACAGGAAAGCAUACCAACACAAGAGCAGACAGAUAUGGAGACCUCCUUGUUUACAUCGUGGACAGACACUGUGGACUGUGGGUUACUCCAGGAAGUUCUCAAGCUCCUUGCCAGCAACCAGCGCCGCAGACAAAUGCUAGAGGCGGCCCAGCGGAUCAAGGAGACAAGACGCAAACAAGCUGAGAAGCCGGUCGGCGGGAGACAGCUGUGGCUAGGGCCAGGGUCGUGCCAGGUCAGAUGGCGCCGGCAGAGGCAUGGAGCACGAAUGAGGAGCCACGCACCCAGCACGCUCGUGAACAACUACUGGGCAGCGAUGCUAGAUGCCGUCAUGGAGGAGGUCCCGCCGGAAAUCCUCCGCAGGGUGGCGGCCCAGACGGCCGCUGUCUACAACAGAGUGCACGAAGAUGUCACGCCGAGCCACCUCCUGGCACUGAGGAUUGCCCUCAGAGAAAGAGCUACGGCAGCGGAUAGGGACAGGAGCGCCCGACAGGAGCAGGCUGGAGAACGAGAGCAGAACAGCACCGAGGAAAGUGGGGCCCGGGGCGAGGGCAGCAUGGAGGAAGAGGAAGAGCAGCAAGAGCCACCGAAGUUAAGCGCAAGGAGACAGGGCCAAAUACCGCACCAAAAGAAGAAAACGCUCAAACUGAUACAGCAGGAACCGGUGGCCAUGGAACCCAUCAACAUUGGCGAGACAGAACCGGAGACGAACGCAGCAAAUCAGACGACGCAAACAGGAACCCGGAGAAGAGCAGCAGCCGAAGGCGCCCAAGACAGGGACAUCGCCAGACAGGACGAUUGGCGGCAGUGGUUGCCUCGGAGCCAGGCAAAUGACGGUGACCAGGCGGAGCAGGCUGGAUCAAGCCGAGAGGCAGA